ACUACAGUCGGUAUACCUCAGAGUAAUCUGUCUAAACAAUUUUUUGACCAUAUACCAAGCCGUUUGGAAUAAAUCUCAUUCUCAUAAAACACAACAAACAUACAAGUACACACAAAUAUUCAAGUAAUAUUCUCUCUAUCUUUUUUCAAGUACGUUCAAAAAACUUUAUGUGCCAUUCUUGUGAUUUAUACUGAAUUUUCGGUAGACACAAUUUUGAAAGAAUUUGAACUUUUUGAGAUCUUAUCUUGAAUUGACAAGAAAUGGAACUAAACCCCAUAGCCCUGAUAAUGAAAAACAUGCACAAGUGCGACUCUCCAGGAUUCUCAAGCUUCUGGCAACACUAUAUGUUGGAUUCCACACGAGAUGUAGUUCGUGAGUGGAAUAGCCUAAGCAAAAGUGAACAGGAGAUAUUUUCAAAAGUUCCACUCUUGACUGACGAUGAGUGCAAGAAUAAUUUACGCUCACCAGAGAAGGCCAUUCGCAAGGCCAGGAAACCACGUAAGCCAAAGGUUACGAAAUCUAAUCCGGCUGCCGCUCGACUUAAUGUCACUCGUUCAAGUCCUCUGAGACGCAGGGAAAUGAAUCGGUACAAAACUUCCAAUACAUACUUAAAUUUCAUGCGUUCCUUUUUGAUCAAGAAUAAGGAUAUGGAACAAAAGGCGUUUGUUGAUAAAGCCGCGGAAGCCUGGGUGAAAAUGUCAGAGGAUGAAAAAAAACCUUAUCGUCGUGGGGUACGCAAACUUAACCAUAAUCGCAAUUAGUAGAGUGCAUUAUUCGAGGCCCAGGAUCAGCAAUUUGUAUUAAAUUUACGUUUAACGAUUUGAGCUCCACAUCCAUGAAGAAAAAAAUUUUAAGUGCAACACCUUUUGAUGCAAAAUCUUUCUGUAUUUUCACAUUCAUAUGACUCGUAUGAAUACUUGCACUGCCUCCUACUAGUGUGAGAUAUGAUAUAUUUUCAGUCUUAAUAAAGAUUGUUAACUUUAACUAAAGAA